UUUCAAUAUAUGUUUUUUAUGGUAAAAUUGGAUUCACACCGUUUAUUUAAUUUUAACACCUAAUAUUUAUUUUAUUUAAUGGAUCCAAAAUAAAGAAGCCCCGAGAAAAGGAAAAAGAAAGCGUGUGGAAUCUUCGGCCAAAUCCCUCCCCUUCCAUUCUUUCUUUUCCUCUCCAACAAAAAAGGGCGAUUCCUUUCCCUUCCCUUUCCUUUCCUCGUUUACUUUUUCUUUCUCCUUUCCCUCUGAUUAUAAGAAGAUUUCGGUUUUGUAUUUUGCUCUGAAACUCUCGUCUCAGGAGAUUGAAAAGGAUAUGGCGGAAGAACACAGAUGUCAAGCACCGCAAUUAUGUGCAAACAACUGCGGUUUCUUUGGAAGCCCAGCGACUCAAAAUCUCUGCUCUAAAUGUUAUCGCGAUCUUCAGCUCAAAGAACAACAAUCUUCCUCUGCCAAACAAGCUUUUAAUCAAACAUUCGUGCCUUCGUCGUCGUCUUCGUUGCCACCUUCAUCAUCGGUAGAAUCUACGUUGCCGGUUUCCUUAGCAGCGGCGAAGGAGGGACCAUCGGCGGGACCGGAGAAAGCGGCGGUGGUGGAGGAGGAGGUCCAGGUGAGACAAAACAGAUGCUUGAGUUGCAAGAAACGCGUGGGGCCCACGGGGUUCAAGUGCAAGUGUGGGAUGGUUUUUUGCGGGAUCCAUAGGUACCCUGAACAACAUGCGUGUACUUUUGAUUUCAAAGGGAUGGGGAAACAACAAAUCGCCAAAGCUAAUCCUCUUAUUAUGGGUGAGAAGCUUCAAAAAAUAUAAAUGAGAAAUUAUUGAAGAAAAAGAAAAGG